AAUGGUGAUAGUCUGCUAAUAAAUUAAUAAAUUGAAGUUUGGUUGGCAGAAAGACCCUGUCAGCCACACCCAACACAGGUUCCUAAAGGUGACUGACUACAGGUAGCCUUGGCUUUUUACUUGGGACCCCCCUCCGUGGGAAAUCGUUUGGUCCACGCAAACUGGGUGAACCCAGCUGUCACAUACACCAUUAGUCAGAGGUGGGAAAACAGGCUUCAGUGAAAAUCCUUCCUUGUACUGGUUCUACCUGGACACACAGGAAAUGUCACUUCAACUAAGAGUUGUGGGUGUAGUUGAAGAGUUAAACCUGAUCACCCAUUCAAGAGACAACCAGAGACCAGAGCGGACAGAGAAGAGGGAGACAAAGACAGAGAAGAAGAAGAAGAAGAAGAAGAAGAAGAAGAAGAAGAAGAGGAAGAAGAACAGGAGGAAGGCCAUUUCCAGCAAAAUGAGGGUUCUCGUUCUCCUGCUCGGCCUGGUUCCUCUCUCUCUCGGUUCCAUGUCCCUGCCGCUGGACUGUGCUGACAUCCAUAACCAUGACAGCACCAAGCCCAGUGGGGUGUACUCCAUCUUCCCUGGGGGGCCCGUCUCCCCCCUGCAGGUCUACUGUGACAUGGAGACCGAUGGGGGAGGAUGGACGGUGUUUCAGAAAAGAAUGGAUGGGUCAGUAAACUUCUACAGACCCUGGGAUCACUACAAGAAGGGCUUUGGUGACCUAACUAGUGAAUACUGGCUAGGCCUGGACAACAUCGUGCUGCUGACCAUGAGGAAGAGGAAUGAGCUGAGGGUGGACAUGGAGGACUGGACUGGGGGAAAGGCCUACGCCCACUACGCCUCCAUUUCUGUGGACCCAGAGCAGUUGGGCUACACAUUACACCUGGGUGCUUUCACCACUGGUGAUGCAGGUGAUGCACUGAAGAAUCACAAUGGCAUGAAGUUCACCACCUUCGACAAAGACCAGGACACCUGGGAUAAGAACUGUGCCAGCUCCUUCAUGGGCGGCUUCUGGUACCUGAACUGCCAUGACGCCAACCCCAACGGGCUCUACAUACCGGACUCAGCUUCUCCUCAUGGGCCGGUGUACGUCAGCUGGGACACCUGGAAAGGGAACACAUACUCACUUAAGACUAUUACAAUGAAGAUGAGGUCACUGUCCCAGUGUAGCAAUUAGAUGUCCUAGUGUGUGUGUGUGUGUGUGUGUGUGUGCAGUGUUGUGGUCUAAUAAACCUGAAACAAUUUUCCCAGCACAUGACACAGCUAAAAAUGUUGCCUAACUAAAUCAGUUGCAGAUUGACUUGCAAAUAUGAGCCAACUGCAGCCUGCAAGUGUACAAUGUACCGGAUUGCAUGCACGUAUACAGUACACAUACAAACACACGGACACAUACGCUCAGACACACACAUACACAAAGGUGUGGAUUGAGUAUUACUUAUAUAUCCAUGACAAUUUACAACAUUACAAUCAUCAAACAUUUACAACAUUACAAUCAUCAAAUAUUUAAAAAUAGUUUUCAUA